AUGUCCUCUCGGCUACUCUCACUCCCACACGAAGUCCUUCUACUCCUUGCGACCCAUUUAUGUAGACUGGAAGAUUUCGGCAACCUCUCUUUAACAUGCAAGGAGAUGCGGUCUAUCUUGGCAGACGCACUGCCCAACACCUUCUUGCGAAUCGCAGUACGACAGUCGUUCUACUCCCCCUUCCCGUCCUCAAACCUGCUUGUAGCAGCAACGGCUCGCAAGCUUGGAAACUGGGCUCGUGAAUCGACAACCAACGAAGAAACCCUCGCCACCGCCUGCCAAGGCGGCUUCGAGGGGUUGCUCGGGCUGGCCCUCCGCCAAUGCAGCCUUACAAUGAGUCAACUCCGUGAGCUGCAAGACGUACAAUAUUCCAUCGUCAACCCAGUCGUCAACAUCAUAGACCAAUGCAUCGGCGAGCAGUGGCGCGCUAUUCCCGACUUCUGGUCCGGGGGCGCCAGCGAUGCCGCCUCUAUCUCUACAGAUGCCUCGGAUGCCUUUUUUCACAUCGCCGUCUACGGCGAGUUAUUCGCACCCGAUAUCGAAACGUACCUGGAUGGCAACCAGACCGUACCGUCUCAACGACCCCUGACCCUUGAUACGAGACUCGAAUAUAUCAAGUAUUGCGUCCCUGAUAAGGCCUGUUGGCUUAUGAGCGAAGACCAAGCCUUGUCGGCUGCUGCCCGAGGAGUCCCGAUAGAUCCCCGACGAGAAGUCAAGAACGUCGGCCCGUAUGCCGGAUGUGAAGAUAGGAGCGACCGUAGGAGCGACCGUCAUAGCGAAUUUGACGACGACGAACCUCGGAAAUUUUACUUUGAUGAGAACGAUGAAAUACAUUUUCUCUCGUCCCAAAACGUUUCUGAUGAUGGAAGCAGUGAACCUCAGACCAAUCUAUUUACGGACGAUGCAUUCAACAAUGCAAUUCAGAACCAUUUCUUUGGUGACAGUAAUGAGGAGGAUGAGUUCGCUGAGAAUGAUUGGUUUGGUCAGAAUAAUGGUUUUAAUAACGACAACGACUCCGACGAUAAUGCUCGAGAGCCUCGAGAACCACUAAAUGACAAUAAUUUCGCCUUGGUAUGGCUACUAGAUAGUAGCCGUUGGCGGCCACACUGGCAAGAGGCCCGGCGCAGACUCGGGAGGGACUUUGACGUAACCUAUCGCGACCUCGAGCAUUUCACGGCGGACGACCCGGGGAACUGGAGGCAGAGGCUGUGGGAGAACACCAUGCUCUGCCAGGGGCUGGAGGGCCUGGGCAUGAUCUUACCUGGGCAGCACGAUGCCUGGCGGAAGAAGAUCCGCAGAUGGAGAAGGAAGAUUGCCAAGAUGACUGAGGAGCCUCGCAUGGUCGUGUUGGGCGAGCAGAUUACGUAUGACUAUCCAUACCUGUUUGGAGAGCUUCGCAUCUGUGGGCAGGGUUUCGUAGGUGCUACUCGAUAG